AUGAAUCAGGUUGGUGGUGCUGGCGCCGGGAUGCCGCCGCGGCAAAAUCAGAUGCAGGAUGUGUUGGACCGCUCCGCAGGGGUCGAUCCCAAGUUCAUGGUGCUGCGCAUCAAUACUCGACAGAAGAUAUUCGAGUACAUAGAAAGGAAGCAACCGUCGGCUAUCUGGCAGUGGCGGCUGCCGGACCUUGCGAAGCGGCUCGAGGAAAUCUUGUUUAGAGAAUACCCAAACAAGAGGGAGUACUACAAUAUGACGAAGGGGCCGAUUGAGCCCCACUUGCAGUUUGCCAUGAAGCUCUCGAGUGUUCGGAAUCGGCAACGACAACAGAACCGACAAUUGUCAAGGCAGAUAACAUGUUCCCCUUGCUAUGGGAUAAUGAUCGUGACACCUGGUGUCACGCAAGGCGCAAGUGAAAAUUCUAGAAUGUCUUUCGUGACAGGCAACACUGGCCCUUUGUCGUCGGGUGCAAACAUGGUUCCGCUGAACGCCAACAUGGGUACCUUGCUGCCAGGGGAAGCUCCCAAUGAGCAUGUGAACACACUGCUAUCUCUGGGGAUGAACCCUACACACCAUGACCGCUCGGGAGCAUGCAACAACCACCGUGUAAUAGACAUGGUGGAAGCACCUGAAACCAACAGACUCUUGGAAACCCAUGCACCCGUGAAGGAGGUCGCAAAGAAACCAAAGUUCAGCUGCCCAGUCUGCCGGAACGAGCUGACCGAUGUGUCAUCGACCAUCUGCGGCCACAUCUUCUGCCAGAAGUGCAUCGAGGCCUCCAUCCAGGCUCAGAAGAAGUGCCCUACCUGCCGUAGGACGCUGACCAUGAAGGAUUUCCACCGUGUCCACCUCCCGACGAUGGACUGA